GCGUCAAUUUCAAACGAACCAUAAUAUCUUUCCGCCACCAAGCGACAGCGUCGUCAAGCUCAUCAUUUCUGUGCUUCUCUAGAUACCACAACUCCUGCACUGAAACCCAAAAUCUGCGAAUUUACGUAUAUACAUAGCAUGGUUCAAGCUUCUGUGGACAAGAAAAACAAAUCAAAAAACAUGGCUAAGAACACAAUCAAUAAGAAGGCUGCUGCUGCUGCCACCACAAAGUCCCCAGCAAAACCAAUUAAAAAGGCUGAUGCCCCAAAGAAAUUCAACAAGAAGGCAGCUGCUGAAAACAAAUCUGAGAAGAAGGCAAACCCUAAGCAAGUCGAGUCAACUAAAAGGAAGCGGCCUCAAAACAAACCCCAAAACCAGUCACCAGCCAAGAAAGCCAAGAAAGAAUUUCCUAAAUUUGACUAUGAGCUUUUUGCAGCAAAGCUUAAAUUCCAGACGGGUAAAGAUGCUAUUGAAAAAUACUUUUCAAAGUUCGGAGAAAUCUUACAAGUAACUUUACCGUGGAACGUACACAAAGGAAUCAAUAAGGGUUUCUGCUUUGUUGCAUUCAAGAAUGAAAAGGAUUUCAAGAAGGCUUUAAAGGAAUCGCAUGUGAUUGAUGGUGCCCAGUUGGUUGUAAAAGACGCAAAGAACAAGAAAGAGGGCAAGGCGCAGAAGAAUGGCGAGAAUAAGACAGAAAACCCGAAGAAAAAAGUGAAAGUAGAUGAAGACGAAGAUGAGGUUGAUGAAGAAGCUGAUGAGGAGGAAGAUGAAGAAGCUGAUGAGGAGGGAGAAGAUGAAGAAGCUGAUGAGGAGGGAGGAGAGGAGGAAGAAGAUGACGAGGAGGGAGGAGAUGAAGAAGAGGGUGAUGAAGACGAAGAUGAUGAAUAGAUUUAAUGAUCUCGUUUAAAUUUGGACGCCAAAAUUAAAGUGACAGGACAAUU